GAGCGGGAGGGGAGCCGGGUGCGGUGGGGGGGGCAGUCUGUCUCGCUCCUCCAGGGUCUCCUUUGGAUUAACGCAGCAGCCUCGGGUUUCCCACAUCCCUUAAGAACCAGUGCUGGCUGCUGAGCCAUGGCGUUGCCCCUGGAGAAAGCGUCUGAAUUGAAGCAGCUCAUUCACCAGCAGCUGACCAAGAUGGAUGUUCAUAGCAGGAUUCGAGAAGUUCUUGCUGAAACAAUACAUGAAGAAUUGGCACCUCAACAUCAGCAGCUGUCUGAAGAAGAUCUGAUGAAAGCCCUGAUACGGAGAGGAAUAAUUGAUGAUGUUAUGAAAGAACUCAGCUUUGUAAAAGAUAUCAAUGAGAGGGAAAUGUCUUCAACUCCAAAACCCUCUACGCAUUUUAUUGACAGACAGACAGCUGUGUUGAAAAAAACAAAUAUUGACCCAACAAGAAGGUACCUUUAUCUUCAGGUUUUGGGUGGAAAGGCUUUUCUGGAACAUCUGCAGGAACCUGAGCCUUUGCCUGGUCAAAUAUGUUCUACCUUCACUCUCUGUUUACAUUUUCGAAAUCAGCGUUUCCGUUCUAAGCCUGUCCCAUGUGCAUGUGAACCAGAUUUCAGUGAUGGCUUUCUUCUUGAAGUACAUAAGGAUACUUUAGGUGAAGGAAGCAAAAUGCUGGAUGCAACUACUAUGCUGUCAAUAUGUGAUCCAGUGCAUAUUGUCUUGAUCAAAACAGACACAUCUGGUGAAACCACAUUAGUGGCAUCCUAUUUCUUAGAGUGGCGAUCUGUCCUUUGUGCAGAGAACAGAGUAACAAAUGUGGCUGUUGAACUUCUGGGCGUUGGUACAGAAUCAAAGGUGUCUGUUGGAGUACUUAAUAUCAAACUUGAAAUAUACCCAAAGCUGAAUAAGACGCUUUCUCAGGAAAUAGUCAGUACUCAACUUGCUUUAGAACGUCAGAAAACUACAGAAAAAGAACGUUUGUUUCUUGUUUAUGCUAAACAGUGGUGGAGAGAAUAUCUACAGAUCAGAACUUCACACAACACAAGACUGGUGAAAAUUUUUGCACAGGAUGAAAAUGGGAUAAACAGACCAGUAUGUUCUUAUGUCAAACCACUUCGAGCAGGCCGGCUGCUGGAUACACCGAGGCAGGCUGCCAGAUUUGUGAGUGUGCUUGGUUAUGAAAGAGCUCCUGUCAUUGGUGGAGGAAGCAGUAAGCAAGAACAAUGGUGUACUCUUCUGGCCUUUCUGUGCAGAAACAAGGGUGACUGUGAAGAUCAUGCUAACCUUUUGUGCAGUCUUCUGCUAGGUUUUGGGUUGGAAGCUUUUGUUUGUGUAGGAACAAAAGGUAAAGGAGUUCCUCACACGUGGGUAAUGACAUAUGGAAUUGAUGGAGUAACCACAUUCUGGGAGAGUUUAACAGGCCACAGGUACAUACAUAAUCAAGUUAAGCCUGAUGACCCUCCAGUUGUUGAGCAACCAAAACCUUUGUAUCCUUACCGAACAAUAGGAUGUAUAUUCAAUCAUCAGAAAUUCUUGGCAAACUGUCAGCCUUCUGAUGCUGUAGAAGUUUGUGCUUUUGACUUGCAUGAUGAAUCCAAGUGGAAACCAAUGAGCGGAGAAGCAGUUAAAUCAGUAUGUUCUCCAGGGGCCACAACUGCACUGCCACCUUUUCCUCCUCUCUGUGCCUCUGCAGUAGAUGCUGCUGGAGCAAGCAAUGAACUGGAGUUACAACUUAGAAUAUUAGUAGUGGAACACAGAAAGGAUCUUGGACUUGCAACAGUCUGGGAUGAUCAGCUAUCUUAUCUUUUGUCACCAGCCUUGGCAGCCUAUGAACUUGAACGUACCACAAGCAUUUCUUCUGGAAAUGAUGAGUUCCAGGAUGCUAUUAGGAGAGCAGUACCUGAUGGUCAUACAUUCAAAGGAUUUCCCAUCCACUUCAUGUACAGAAAUGCAAGGAGAUCGUUUGCUGCAUGUCUUCGGUCUCCUUUCUGUGAGGAAAUACUGUGUUGUAGAGGGGACCAAGUGCGACUUGCAGUUCGUGUUAGAGUGUUCACAUAUCCUGAAUCUGCAUGUGCUGUUUGGAUCAUGUUUGCUUGCAAAUACCGUUCGGUAGUUUAAGAUGUUCACAAUUUUGGCUGAAAUCUUCUGUAGAUAAGCGGGAGUCCCACUGAGAUCAGAGAUUUCUGUGUGUAUUUUUGGUAUCAGGCUUGCAUUUUGCUCCUGAAUGCAUUUACUUGGAAGUAAAUCCCAUUGAUCUUCAAGGAAUGUAUUACUGGGUAUGCUUCAGAUAAUAGGUUUGUAGACCACAGUGUCUGUAUUAAGAGAUACUACUAAAGUACUAUUCUAGUAAUGGUAUGAUUUUUGUCAAAGCUGUUGAUGCAAUAGCAAUAGAGUGUCUAUGUAAAGUAUGUGCUUCUGUGUAUAAAAUAUCAUGAGAAAAAUAUUGUACA